CCUUUUCACAUUCUCUACUUCCCUCCAGAAACUUCCUUUCAAAACCCGCUCCCCCAUUGCCAAUACCCGCUAUAAAUUCUCCCACACUGCUCCUCCUCGCUCGCCAAGAAGUGUCUGUUUGCAGAAGAAGAAACGCGGAGCCACAGUGUGUGAGAAAUUCCUCUACUGAAGAAAAGGAAAAUGGAUCUUAGGCUGUUUGGUUUGGAAACACCCCUCAUCCACACCAUCCACCAAAUGAUGGACACCACUGACGAAGCCGACAAGUCCUUCAACGCCCCCACUCGUACUUAUGUAAGGGAUGCGAAGGCCAUGGCUUCAACUCCGGCUGACAUCAAAGAAUAUCCCAACUCCUAUGUGUUUAUCAUCGACAUGCCAGGGUUGAAAUCUGGGGACAUCAAAGUUCAGGUGGAGGAUGACAAUGUGCUUUUGAUCAGCGGAGAGAGGAAGCGCGAUGAGGAGAAGGAAGGGGCUAAGUAUGUGAGGAUGGAAAGAAGGGUUGGCAAGUUUAUGAGGAAGUUUGUGCUGCCAGAAAAUGCUAAUACUGAUACCAUUUCGGCGGUCUGCCAGGAUGGAGUUCUGACGGUCACUGUGGAGAAAUUGCCACCACCGGAGCCAAAAAAGCCCAAGACCAUCGAGGUUAAGAUAGCUUGAGGAGUACUACAACUGUCUAUGGUUGGGUACUGCAAAUAAAGUGGAUUGUGUUAGUGCUCGUUAUCGACUAGUGCUAUCUAUGAAUACUAGUAGUUUCAUUACUAGGCUGUGUUUUUCUUUUUGUUUUUUUUUCUUUCUGUUUCCCUUGUGGCUUUCCUGUGUGAGAUUGGCUUCUGAUGAGGUUGAUAUGCACCUUACAUGUUAUGGAAGUUGUUUCUGAAAUCAAAUAUCAUCUUUGCUUAA